GUCAGUCAUCAGUGGAUAACGUUUUUUCAUCGUCAUUCUCAGUGUGUGUGUGUGUGGGUUACUCUAAAAUCACUUGUUUCGACUCGAGUACUGAAAGUUGUUUCAACCAUUCAACUGGAAUCAAUUUUAAGGUUACAGACGAAUCCGCCUCAUCCCUCUGACCUAUUUUAACCUUCUUGGUGUUGUACCUCUGUGGUCGCACCACCCCUUGUGCCAAGUUGAGAGUCUCUGCAGCAGCGGACCAUGCCUCAGAAGAGUAACACCCUGCCCACAUGGGGCAACGAGGCGUCCAUGAACCUCAACCCGCUUAUCUUAACCAACAUACAGUCCUCGCCGUACUUCAAGAAUGAACUCUUCAAGCUCAAGACGUACCACGAGGUUGUGGAUGAGAUCUACUACAGGGUUGCCCAUUUGGAACCCUGGGAGAGAGGCAGUCGACAGACAUCUGGGCAGAUUGGCAUGUGUGGAGGAGUCCGUGGUGUUGGUGCAGGAGGCAUCGUCUCAUCUGCCUACUGCCUUCUUUACAAGUUGUACACGUUGAAGCUGACACGGAAACAGCUGAACGGUCUCUUGUCUCACUCUGACUCUCCAUACAUCAGAGGUCUUGGUUUCAUGUACGUCAGGUACAGUCAACCACCAGCUGAUUUAUGGGAAUGGCUGGAGCCUUAUCUAGAAGACGAGGAGGAGAUUGACGCUAAGGCUGGGUCUGGUUGCACCAUGACCAUCGGAGAGAUGGCACGCAGCUUCCUUACCAAGUUAGAGUGGUUCUCUACCCUCUUUCCUAGAAUCCCUGUCCCAAUAAUGAAGGACCUUGAGUUGAAGUUGUCAGAGUGGAAGGAGGGGUUCCUGGAGAGGCAACGUGAGAAACAAAUUGAGGCAGGAGGCGUAGAAGAAGAAGAAGAAGAGCCUGAAGAACCAAUGGCUCGAAAGAGCAGGGGCGGAUCCAGAGACAACUCCCGAAGUGGAAGCCACACCAGCAAUCGCAGUCGAGACCAUCGCAGGAGUCGGAGCAAAGAGCGCCAGCACAGCCACAGUAAAAACAACGACCGCCGGAGACGCAGUAGGAGUCGCGAGAAGCGCCCUCGCAGUCGCAGCCCGGAAAGGCGUAAAAGGAGAAGUCAGGACAGAAGUCGCGAUCAACGACGCAGCCGGAGCCGCGAUAGACGCCGGGAAAGAGAAGGGGACGACUUUUCACGUGCCUUGCAGCGGGAGCGAGAAAGACAGCAGAAGGAGCGACGAGAGCCAAGGAGUCGAAGCCGAGAGAGACGGCAUAGUCGAGAGCGAGAUAGAAAGAGCCACCGAGAUAGGAGACGUAGCCGAUCAACAGAGCGAAAGAAAUCACAUUCCAGGGAUCGAGAGCGAAGUCGGAGUCGAAGUCAGGGUCGGAGGUGAUGUCAUAGGUCAUAGUACUUUCCUUAUUUUGUACAUUGUUUGUUAAAGAUGCUAUGUCAGUUUUUUUGCCCCAAGCAUUAAACAAAAAAUUGUUUUGCGUG